CGUUUCAGAAUAGGCAAUCAUGGACAACGACGUCUUGUCUAUUACGAGUUUUAACAGCUCUAGAAAGGGGCUUCAAACCUUAUCACCUGACCAAAGAUCAAGAUAUUUGAACAGUACAUUUCAAUGUUUGGACACAAAACCGGACAUAUGUUUCCUUCCCGGAGACGACGAAGCUGCAAAACUCAACGCUAUAAGGGGUUAUGGUCAAUAUACUCUACAACAUUGUGAAGGUACCGUUUUUUUAUAUGACGUCAACAGAGUACAAAUGAGUCGGCCAAAUGUUAGCUUGAACUCAAUCGGAAUGCUGCCUGGCCUCGAUCUUGAUAAGCUGGUGGUUCCUCGUGUAGAGGUGUAUACCCUAAAACCAUAUCAGCGAGUUGUUAAAGAGUUUUCUAUGGUCUCCUGGAAGUACGAUUUGUUUCAGUCAGCCACUGUACCUGCUGAAACCCUUAUGGAAAGUAUUCUAAUAUUUUCACAAAGGCUGAUUGACAGAACAGAGAAACCAAUUUUCAUUGGUGGAGAAAUGAAUAUCGAAUUUGAUAUUUUAAUGAAACUAGUAAAGAAAAUUUCGAAGGAUAGAGAAAUGACAUUUUUGAAGAGUCUUAAACCGGAUGCUGAUGAGCAGUGCUAUAUUCCGUCCAUGCUCAAGGGAUCGACUACAGACAUUCGACAUAGGUUUAUGAUGAAGGUGUAUCGAUGCAAAUCAAAUAGUUCAAAUGACAAUAUUCAGGCACAGGACUACAGACAAAAGUCCGACGUUAUUCCAGAUUGCUUUAUAGCAUCGAAACAUCUUGAGCUUAAAGACGCAUCUCUUUUGGAUAUCGAACAGGUCACUGGACGCCAAAUUUGGAUACCAUUAUUACAAAAGCAUAAGCCGACACAAACCUCGAUGGAAAUUCCCGUGAGACCCCCAAAACAUCAUGGCGGUUAGAAAGACCAAUUAUCAUGUCAUCAACGCUGUAUUGACGAGCUUUUCGCAACUUUUCGAGUUGAGUUUCAAUUGGUUAUUCUAAUCACUUGUAUUUUCUGUGAAGCAGAUUUUAAACAUUGAUAUUCUGUUGAAACUUGUCGAAAAUGUUCGUGUUCGCAUGCGCAAACUAUAAGGAAUACGUGAUGUUAAGGAGACGAGCAUGCACAAAGAAAAGAAAGAAAAAAAGAAGAAAGAUUGCCAUAGUAUUUUUGCCGCCUUCAUUGUAAUUCAGAUUUCCCGAGAAGGAAAGCUAUGUUAGGCUAUGCAUUCAAACCGUCCUUUACAGAUAGGCAUUUGUCGAAGUAUCAAAAUAUCGCUGUUCGCGGAAGUAAAACAAAUAAGAAAAAUGUUUAAUGUAAUUUGAAACAAAUAAACUGGACUAAAUUUUUUAAUGUGUAAGAUUGUUUUAGCAGAUUACUUGCUGGCUAUCUCAAAAUCGUGAAAAUUACUUAUACAAAAUUGCAAAAUUGGCUUGCCAGCAGUUAAAAUGAGAAACCGCAUCUCUUUUAAAAUUGUGAAAGCUUGCCGAUGACUGACUUUUCUGUUUGAAAGGUUACGAAAGGUGUCCUCCUUUUGGUGCCCGUCAGAUCCUAAAGCGUAAUGUUAAUUAGGAGCAGAUUUUAAUCAGAUUGAUGUAUUAUUGAUAUUAGUGAAAUGUCGGUCGGAAAACUGUCUACUGUAAACUGUAAAUUAUAUUAGAUUUUAUAAUUCCAUUAACUAAAGUUUGUUAAUGAUUUAAAACUUCUGUUGCAGCUGGAUUGAAAUUUAAAAAAAAAUUCUGUCGGCUUUACAAAAACAUUUUUAUCAUAUCAAAUAUAAUACUAGUGUAGAAUUGGAUUACAUUAUCAAUAUUGAUAAGAUUGAAACGAUUAAAAACACUUCAUUUCGCAACAUUAAACGAGUUUAAUAACCGCAUCUUCUAUACGUUAAUAUAUUUUUCUUACAGUCAUAAACAGUAUUCUUUUUCACAUUUUUAAAGUCGCUUUGUGCAAUGGAAAAUUUUAUUGCACCUGUAUAAGAUAGAUUUAUUGCAUAUAAUCGUGGUAUACUUUCUACA